CUUAUCAACGAGACAGGGCUCGGCGCGCGCCACACACCAAACCCUGCCGCCCCUUGUGACGGCCGCUCAAGCAGGGGGCAAACGUGUUGUGACACCGGGUCUAAGGGCAACGCAGUGUUCGCAUGCACGUGCUUGUGUUCAGUGCCAGUGGACAGGGACGCCCUUAUACAACUCAAGCUGUGCUCGACUUUUAGGAUACAAAACUUCACCCGCGCCCAUGCGCUAGAAGGCGCGGCCGGACAAGACGCUAUGGAGGCCGAGAAGACGGUUUGCGGUUGGCCCACCUGUGGGCAGCCCCUGCAGGCAAGGCCCGGCGCCAGGUUCGCCAAGUGCGACGCCUGCUGCCACAUAAACUGCCUGCGCUGCAAGGCGGCGCACGAGGGCAUGAACUGCGCCGAAUUCCAGGCGCAACAAGGGCCCUCGGUAAAGAGUCCCGUUCGCCCGCCCAAUUCGACGGGCGACGGGAAGAAUUUCGACACCUGGUCACCCGCAGCCCGUGGCCGGUCGAGUAAAGGAGACCCGGCGUUGCUGAAGGACUCGCCGCCAUCAGCCGCCGCGGCUUCCGCCGCGACACUGCAAAGACCCCCUUCGGUUAACGCCUCUGCGAGCUCGAGCUCGACAUGCUCGCCCCGCUCCGCGGACGUCAAACGUCAGUCAACAUCGCCGAGCAAGCCUGUGAAAGCUGACCUGGAGACCAGGCCAGGAGACCUAGGGAUAACGCACCAGCAGCGCAAGGCCAUUUGUCGCACCGAGAACUGCGGCUACGAGGAUCACGUGAACGAGGGUGACACGGAGUUGUUCUGCUACAAGUGCCGGAAGACCACGUGCCUGAAGUGUAAUGCCGUACACGGCUACCUCACCUGCGAAGAGUAUAGGCGGCAGCUCGAGGACGAAGAGGACGAGAUUCAAGUACAGUGCGCCGGCGCAGGUUGCGAAUUUACAGCCUUCGUUGGCGUUAGCACGCAGCAACUGAAGUGUCAGCUGUGCGAGAGCAUCACGUGCCUCAAAUGCUGCGCCGUGCACGAGUUCCGGACAUGCGAGGCCUACGAGAAGGAACGCCGCCGGUCACGCGGCGCACAGCGGGAAGCGACGGCUGCAACGAUUGACGAGCCCAGCGAGACUACUCCAGAGAAACCAAACGCGGGAGCCAGUUGGGGCGAUGACACCGAGUCGCGCGACCGGUCACCGGCUGGUGUCGCGGCUUCGAAAACAGUCAUGGACCGAGAAGCACCGAUUCAGAAGGAAGUCCUUGCUCAGCAGGCAGUGAACAGCACGAGCAAUGGACGGACAGGGACCAAGUCACAUCGGAACGAAACUGUGCCGAAGCAGUCUCAACCCGGCCACAUCGCACGGCCCGAGACGGCUCGGGCGCCGCCGGAAGUCCUGAUGCUCGAGUGCUGCGCUUGCGCAGCUGAAUCGCCCUACGAGGAAAUUGUCGAAGUCGCUCCGUGCGGCCAUUUCCUCUGCAGGGAGUGCGUUCACACCACUGGAGUUGGCUCGCUCACGUAUAUUGUGCGUUGCCCCGUCGUCACAGAGGAAGGCAUUUCCUGCGACUCCUACAUCCAAGAGUCAGCAUUGCGAUCGGUGAUGACUGAAGGGGAGUACGCACUCCAUAAGGAGCUGCUGCCCUUGCCCAUUCUUCGGUGUCCGAUCGAGAGCUGUUCGGGAAAGUUCUCAGUCAGGCCGGGAUCGCAAAGUCUCAUCUGCCCAUCGUGCCGGAGCGAGUACUGCGUGACCUGCAGCGCGAACCACCCGGGCCGGACUUGCGAGCAGUUCAUUCGCUCCGUGGUCGACGAUGGUGGUGCCCUGGAUGGUGGACAGGCGAAUGAGUCGGUCCGCAGAGGGUCUGCAAGUUCUGAGUCACUUCCAGAGGACGCGGGGAUGGAAUGCGGCGUCUGUAUGGCCGAUACGCCACUCGAGCAAAUGAUAAAUGCUGAGCUUUGCGGACACUUCAUCUGCAGGGACUGCGUAUGCCGAAUGGCAGUUGACGCGGACUGCAUGCGGUGCCCUGUCAAGUUAGAGGACGGCACUCCGUGCGGUUGUCGCGUGCAAGAGCCGGAGUUGGUGCCUCUGGCGCUGACCACCAGGCUGGAGGGCAGACAACGUCUGCUGCAGGAUCUGAUGGCGCCGCCCCGGUACAUCGAAAUAAGGGACCCGAAUUCUUCGCUUUCAAGGGUUGUGCACGAGAAGCCUUCCGCCGCUUCUUAAACCCUGAUGCCGUUUCGAAAUAAUCAGGCCAUGGAGGAAAAGCUGCACUUGGCGUGAGCCACCAAACCAUCGCGAUCGUAUAUGAACACGCUCGUCCGCGAGCCAAUCAAAAAAGAAGAUCGGAGGGCAAACACGGGCAUACCCGUGUUUGCCCACCGCGUGUCUUUCGUCAGAGCAUCGUUUGCUUCAGUGUGGAGUGCAAUCACAAUCGUAGUAUUGCGGGAGCAGGCCUUGUGCCUUCCACUCUAAUGCCACAUUAUUCUGGAGUAGUGCAGUAGUGUGCGACUUGUAUAAACGGAUGGCGUGAAGUGGAAUAAAGUGCUUUCUUCCUUCGUC